GAAUCACUGCACUAAGUGCGGGGCCCGUAGCUGCUACAUUUGUGGACACUUUUACCAAUGUAGUAGAUUGCCCCUAGAUUGUGUUCAUUAUUAUUGUUGUUGUUGUCACGGCCUUGUGCCCCUUUACCGCCGGACAUCGUCGACGCAAGAACCUUCCGCACCUCGCGGGGCAAUGCUCAUGCGCCCCGACUCAACAAUUCGCCAUCGUCACAGCGACAUCCACCACCACUGUGGCCACUCCUCUCCGCCGAUAACAAAUUGUCCCGCGGACGUUCGUUUUUGGUGUGUGACUCCACUUUGAGUGGCCGUUGAUUUUGACUGCGCGGGGGUUCAAAUCCGCCACCACCACCAACAACAACAACCAACAACCACCAACAACAACAACCACCAACAACAACCACCACCUCCACAAAGCCCAGCCAUGACGGCCCGAUACGACCGCGCCAUCACCGUCUUCUCGCCCGACGGCCACCUCUUCCAGGUGGAAUACGCCCAGGAGGCCGUGAAGAAAGGCUCCACGGCAGUGGGCAUCCGAGGGCUGGACAUCGUGGUGCUGGCCGUUGAGAAGAAAUCUGUGGCCAAGCUCCAGGAGGAGAGGACGGUCCGCAAGAUCUGUGCCCUCGAUGACCACGUCUGCAUGGCCUUCGCCGGUUUGACGGCAGACGCGCGGAUCGUGAUCAACCGAGCCCGCGUCGAGUGCCAGAGUCACAAGCUGACGGUGGAGGACCCCGUCACGGUUGAGUACAUCACCCGCUACAUCGCGGGCCUCAAGCAGCGCUACACACAGAGCAAUGGGCGCCGCCCGUUUGGGAUCUCGGCUCUGCUCGUGGGGUUCGAUCAAGACGGGAUUCCUCGGCUCUACCAGACCGACCCGUCCGGCACCUACCACGCGUGGAAGGCGAACGCCAUCGGACGCAGCGCCAAGACGGUGCGCGAGUUCCUGGAGAAGAACUACACGGAGGAGGCGAUCGCUACCGACGCGCAGGCCAUCAAGCUCGCCAUCCGCGCCCUGCUCGAGGUGGUGCAGUCUGGGGGUAAGAACAUCGAGCUUGCUGUCAUGCAGAGGAACAAGAAUCUGAAGAUUCUGGAGGCGGAUGAGAUCGAGGUGUACGUGAGCGAGAUCGAGAAGGAGAAGGAGGAAGAAGUGGAGAAGAAGAAGCAGAAGAAGUCCUCGACUUAGAAUGACGGACGGACGCACACACACGCAGACGCACACACAAAGACAAAGAUCCCCCGUAUAGGCUUCAGAGAAUGUUGGCGCAAAUGCUACCUGUGAGCGCCUAUGAAGGCCAGUACGGCACACGAGCGGGUGGGUGGUCAGCACCACUCCCGGCCGCCUUUGUCUCCAAAAUAGAGAUGUUUACUACUACUACACACCACACCAGGUACUCGAUUGAGUCGACCUAGGGGAGGCCCAGGACCGGUUCGGAUAAUCGUCACCGGUGUCGUCCGUGAGCGGGAACCGAAGCUGGGAUCCGUAGCACGAUCGCGCUCACCGCUGCGCCACCACUCCCCAAGCAACACACGCACGACAACAAUACACACGCACGACAACAAUACACACGCACGACAACAAUACACACGCACGACAACAAUACACACGCACGACAACAAUACACACGCACGACAACAAUACACACGCACGACAACAAUACACACGCACGACAACAAUACACACGACAACAAUACACACGACAACAAUACACACGACAACAAUACACACGACAACAGUACGCACACGCGCGUGAGAGAGACUCUGUGCGCGCGCGACCCACGUGCAGACCCUACGGCUCGUGUCGCGCACCGCUACCCCCCCGCCCCCCACGCCCACCCCCACGCCCCCCACGUGAACGAGUUGAGAAGUGAACGUCAGAGUUGUUUUGUAACUUGAGCUUCUAAUAAACUCGGGCUGGCGUUCA